AGCCCUAAUGCUUCACAGCCACAAUUUUGCGCAUCGCUCUGUUCUUCUCCCACUGAUUCAAACCCUAAUUUCAUGGCGAACAAUCAUGUAAACCUAGCCUCCUUCACAUUGAAAUGAUUCAACAAAUAGGACUCUCACCGGAUUUCAUCCUAUGGUUUUUUAUGGAUUCUCUUAUACGAUUCAAGUAUAAAUCCAACCCCCUUGAUGUUAUAUGCUUACUACUGAAACCCUAAUUCAAUGAAGAUCAGUGUUCUAUUGAAUAAGUGAUCAUUGAUUGAUUUAAGGCAUCUAUGGUUCCUCGCACCAAUUAUAGUGGUGUGUUCAAGUCGAGCAUAGUUGCGAUUCCAAAAGUCAGUUGUUUCGCUUGGCGUGCAGUCGUUAACAAGAUUCCUACUCUGGAUGCCUUUGGGUAUAGUGGUCUGUUGAUCGGAAAUGGGACCAGGAAAUGACAGAUUACGUUUUAGCUAAAUGUAUUUUUGCUAAAUUUGUUUGGUGCCAGAUCUGCGUAUGGGUUAAAACCCCAUUCCUGCCAAGUUUUAGUCUCUACAGGAUCUGCUUAUGAUGGUUUGGAGACUCGAUACUCAGCAUAUCGGAACAAAAUUGUCUUAUGCUAUUUUUCUCAUGGCGGUUUGGAAGAUUUGGCAGAAGCGAAAUGAUAAGGUUUUUGAAGGGUUCUAUUUUUUCAGAUUUUGGGUUCUAUUUUGUAUUAUUCAGAUUAGGGUUCUUAUGGUUGCGUGAUCGUUUAACUCUUGAAGAACGAUAUAGCAUGGAUGUGUAUACUUGUAAAAGUGUAAGUUGUCAGAAUGGAUGGCUAAUAGAAAAGGAAGCAAACUAACAGCACCAGGUGCUGCAAUUCAUCUGGAUUUGUUGUCAAAAGCUCAAGGGGUAGAACAAGCAGAGCAAUAUUUCAACAGCCUUCCAGAUGAUGUCAAGAAGCUCCAAGUUUACAGUGCUCUUUUUAAUUCUUAUGCAGCCACAAAAUCAGUAGAAAAAGCCGAAGCUACUGCAGAGAAAAUGAAGCAAUCGCGUAUGAUGACAACACUUUCUUACAACUUCAUCCUUAUUUUAUAUAAGAAAAUCGGAGAUUACGAAAAGCUCAACAAAAUCCAUCAAUCAAUCUUGGAAAUGGGUAUUCUUUGUGAUUAGGGGUGUUCUUCGGGUUUCGGGUUUUUUUCGGGUUGGGUUGUUCGGGUUUUUGGAUAGGAAAAAGUGACCCGAUAACCAACCCAGUUAAAGUUCGGGUUGUUCGGGUAUGGGUUAUUCGGGUUCGGAUUAGUUCGGGUCGGGUUGUUCGGUUUUCGGGUUUAGAUGUAAAAUGAAAAAAAGAUUUUUUUUUAGAAAAUAUCAUCACAAUUCAAACUUCAUUUAACAGUAUGGUAUGAUAACAUUAAAAAGUCUCAAAACGUAUUGUUUCAAAUACAAAACAGUCCAAAUCAAAUCGCAUCUAUAAAAAAAGACAACUAAUGUUCGGGGUUUUUUUCGGGUUUCAAAUUUCGGGUUUUUCGGGUCGGGUUGUUGGGGUUUUUGGUUGGGAAAAAGUGACCCGAUAACUGACCCAUUUAAGGUUUGGGUUGGUCGGGUUUGGGUUGUUCGGGUUCGGGUUUUUCGGUUAUUCUCUAAUUUGGGUUCGGGUGGCUUCUAAUUCGGGUUUGUUUUCGGGUUUCGGAUAAAAAUGAACAACCCUACUUGUGAUAAACUGACCUACUACAUUUGGUUAAGUGCAUACGCUCUUACUUCCGAUAUUGAAAAAAUGGAAAAGUUCUUAAAAUAUGGAAAACAAUUCUAACCUUGGAAUCGAUUGGAAUGCUUAUGUUAUUGCAUCUGGUGGGUAUAUUAAAUCUGGGUUGCUGGAUAAAGCUUUUGAAAUGCUGAGAACAUCAGAGGAAUUUAUACAUGGAAACUCGAAAGGGGCAGCUUGGGAAAAUCUCAUUAGUACCUAUGCUUCUAUUGGUAAAAAAGACAUAUGCUUUAUAUGACACCCAUUGCUUCACGGUUCAAUCUUCUAUCAGAUUCCAAGAAGAGCAUAUCAAGUGGGGGCUUGGUCAUACAUUCCAGUUUCUCUGUUUCUACCCAUUUCGUUCUCCUUGACAACUCUGUUUCUCUCCUCUUCGUCUUCUUUCAUCACCUAAUAUCCUAACUCUAAAAGGUAAGGAGAUAGUUAAUAAUGUUGAUGAGUUUCCAUUUCCAAAGACCAAGUCUCAUCUAAAGGAAAGUCAAAAGUUACAGUUGGUGACGAACUUGUGUCUACAAAAGUUCAAUCUGGUGUGAAAGGGAAGUCUAAAGUGAAUGUUGAUCAACUCAUAAUACUGAAGAAUCAAUAUAGUGGUAAGCCGAAACGCAAUCGUCAUCGAGGUUGCUGAUGUAGUUGAUUGUAGUUAUUCUAAGGUUCCAAAUGUCAAUGCUUCGCCAGUCAUUGAAUUUAGCAAACCUCCCGAAUAUAGAAUUCUUAGUUGAGUCUGUCUCCUCAGAACCUUCGGGAUGUGGCCGUUCAGAACUUGAGAGGUGAUGUUAAGGACUUUACAACAAGAUUUGAGAAAUAUAGAAGCACUUUCAGUUGGCAAAAAGUUAGAACCUAGCGAAAAGGCGUUUAACUUUUGCCGUAUGUCUACGAGAAGAAGGGAACCAAAGAGAAAAAUCAAAAUGCAAAUCAUGCGGCGUUGGACUCUAAUAUGUCUGGUGUUGUUUCUGAGCGUUUGGAUCGUGAAUCUACUGCUGCAGAUGUGUCAAUUGCUGCUGCUACUGAUAUCGUAUUUUCUAGACCAGAAGAGGCUUCCGCACCUGUACCUGGAAGCAGCGUUACACCAACCAUCCUACAGAAAUCUCCAAUCCCUGUUGGAGAGAUGGCAGUUCUUUCAUUCUCAAACCAGUCGGCCAAUGGCACCAGAGCAGGUGUUUGCUGAGGAAGACAGCGAAGACGAGGUUGAUGAUGAGGUCCUUGAUCUUGAAUAUAGAAUGAGGCUGGAUAGGUUUAAGGAUGUUAGCCAACAUGAGAAGCAAUUGAUGCUUCUCUGGAACUCAUUUAUGAGAAAGCAAAGGGUGGUGGUAGACGGAGAAGAUCAAGUUACUUGGCUAUUGUUUAAUACAUGAAUUUCAGGUUCUUUCCAUAAAGCUUGCAUCUGUCAAUCCUAUGAUGUAUGAUUUUGGAGUGGAUUUGUGUGCAUUCAAGAUUAAACCUAAUGAGGUACCAUGUUGGUUAAUAGCCACUGAGCAUGGUUAGUAGUUGGAUUCCACCCGUAUAACAUGAUUUUCUAAUUAUAUGCAAUACAUUUUUCA